GUAAUUGGUAUAUCGAAUAUAAUUAUAACAAUUUGGGAGAAUCAUUUGUACACGAUGUUGUUGCAUAUAAUCGAUUAGAAUUAUUACGUUUAUUUCUUGCAUAUAAUUAUGAUUUGGAUAGACCAGCUAAACGUCUUCCACCGAAUAUACAUUUACUUUCAUCUUUAAAUCAUCAAACUCUAUUGAAAAAUACACAAAAUACUAUUACAACAUCAAUGAUUCAAUCAGAAUCAAAUAAUCGAACAUCUAUAAAUCCAUUUGAAAAAUCACCAUUUAAAAUGGCAUUAGAACGUGGACAUCUUGAUAUGGCUAGAAUAUUAGCUGAAGUCGGUUGUUUUUGUACACAUUUACCAAUUAAUUCAAAUAGUAUACCAUCAGUAUGUGCAACUUCAUCUUCAUCAUCAUCAUCAUCAUCAUCAUCAUCAUCAUCAUCAUCAUCAUCAUCGUCGAACAACAAUAAUAUUCCCGAAACGAAUUCAAUCAAUUCAACAGUUAAAAAUUCUCAUUUGAUUAAUCAAAAUCUUUUAACACGACGUUAUAAUGGUUUACUUGAAGUUAAAUCAUUACAAAAAUGGUGUCGUAAAGUGAUAAGACAACGUUUAGGUUUUCGUCUUAUUGAAGCAUUACCAUUAUUACCUAUACCAGUACCAUUAAAAGAUUUUCUAUUACUUCGUGAUAUUGAUUGGUCAAUUUAUUUAAAUAAUAUUCAUAAUAAUAAUAAUAAUAAUAAUAAUAAUAAUAGUAAUAAUCGUAGUUCUAUCAUAAAUUCAGGGGAAUUAGCCAUUAUAGUACCAACUUAAUCAUUCUCUUCUUCUUUCCUUUUCUUUCUUUUCUUUUUCUUUUAUAAAGAAAGUAACAUUUGACAACACUUUCCUUCCUCUUUUCUUUUCUCUUUUUUAAAGAAAAAAGAAAAGACAAGAAAACAACAACAACAACAAACUUAAUAGAUAAACAAAAACAUGAUCAGGUUCAAUUGUCUGAUCUUUCUUCUUGUUCACAAGUCUAGAUUAGUAGAUUUUCACAUGAUUACAUAAUUUAUUUACAAAAAAAAACAAAAGAACUCAUAUUUAGGUUUAUACAAUUACAUAUAGAAAUAAAUUAUAUAACAACAUCAUAGGAGAUUCAUACUUAUUAUUAUUAUUAUUAUUAUUAUUAUUAUUAUUAUUAUU